AUGCCUGGCCAGCCAGGGUGUCUUUGCUCCCUCGAGUCAGGCGAACUGGUGGAGAGAAUUUGGGCCGUGGAGAGUGGAUCCGUAGCGCCGGGUGUAAUUGGCUCUAACUGCGGAUGUUGGGAUCGUCACGGUUGUUGCCAGCCAGCCUCACCGAGGCACGCGACAAGUCUUGGGGUUACAGACGAGGAAUUGUCUUUGCUCGAGCAUGAGUUGUCGCAUCGAUGGGCACAGCCUUGGGGUUUGUGUUCCACAAGCGCUGCGGUGCAGGGCAUGGACGAAACCGUCGUCAACGGAGCACAACUUUUCUACGCCAGUCAGUUUGGUAUCCGGAGUGAUGAUUGCAGAUCGACUUGGCAAGUCGGCCUCGUAAAUUCCGCGCCAUACGUUUGCUGCGCGUUCGUAUUUUGGCAGAUGUGGGCGGCUUUUGGUAUAAUGCUAGGUUACGCAUCCGACCUCGCGUUCUACAGUGUGCCCGACAAACCGAACACCACAGGACUGAACUGGCGCUUAAUGAUGGGAUCUGCAAUGUUGCCAGCUAUAAUUGUCUGCUGCUUCGUGUUCCUCUGCCCGGAGACACUCCUCUGCCCGGAGUCACCCCGUUGGUUCAUGCCAAAAGGUCGACAUGCCCAAGCUUAUCACACCAUUUGCAGGCUGGAGCUGUGGACUGUCCCGAGAAACAGAAGAGCCAUGCUUGCCAGCGAGAUCGUAAUGUUCAUGCAACAGUUCUGCGGAGUAAACGUCAUCGCGUACUACUCAAGCAGAAUCUUCUCCGACUCGGGCUUCUCAGACCAAUCCGCGCUCGCCGCCUCCCUUGGCUUUGGCGUCAUUAACUUCUUUUUUGCCAUCCCAGCAAUGUACACAAUCGACACAUUCGGUCGUCGCAGCCUCCUCCUCAGCAUCUUCCCAUUCAUGGCGCUCUUCCUGCUCUUUACGGGCUUCUCGUUGUGGGUACCCUCCGCAAAUGCGCGUGUGGCUUGUAUUGCACUGGGAAUUUACCUAUUUGGUGUUGUCUACAGCCCUCCGUGUCCUUUCUACAUGCGGACGAUCGGGAUUAGUCUCGCCACCACGACAAUGUGGUUCUUCAAUGGGCUGCUAAGUAUCACGUGGCCGAGUCUGCAGCGGGCGUUCAAGCCGCAGGGAGCGUUCGGCUGGUACGCUGCGCGGAAUAUCAUCGGGUGGGUCCUGGUGCUACUAUUCAUGCCCGAAACCAAGGGCGAAACCCUCGAAGAGCUAGAUCAGAUAUUUAGCGUGCCCACGAGCGUACGCGCGGCGUAUGUUCUCCGACAGAUACCGUGUUUCUUCAAGAGGUAUUUGCUCCGGCGGGACAUCCAGCCCGAGCAGCUGUAUGCGACGGAGGAGUGA